AUGGCGUCCGAGUCUGCGACAUCGUCAUGGCAUCCCGCCAUGAUGCCAAAUUCAUUGACAGACCGAACAGAGGAACCGUCGCAGGACUCGUCGCACUUUGGCGCAUUGCCUGAGCAGAUUCAAGCAACCGAGGCCUCGAACCCAGAUUCCAACACCAGCACUCCGCCAGCAGACACAGAUCCUCCGCGACGAAACGAAGUCCCAGUACAAGACCCCUCCAUCGCCGGCAUAAAAGACAAUGGCGAUGAUGCGGAGCUGAACAGCUUGCGGAAUGCGCUUACCACGUCUCUUUCCAGCCCGGGGGGUGUUGAGCUACAGGAAUCUCCGGUGCAUAAAAGCGUUGAUCCAGCAGAUCAUUUCGACGACGAAAUCGAUUUCCCCUUGGCAGAGUUUCCUUCUGAGGGUCCUAAGCACGAAAACAAGCACCUGAGCACCAUGUCUUUCGCGCGGACAGUCUCGGACGACGUCAGUUGGGGCGAGGACGAUGAUGUUGAUCCGGAAUGGAAUUCGUCCAAAGACGACACCAACCCUUUCAAAAUGCUAGCCAAGUCCGACCGGACAAAUUCUUUCCCUGCGGUACCACCGCUGCACAAUCCAGCACAAGACAAUGGGGAGGAGACAAUGGUCCAAAGUCAAGCGGAAUCUAUCAUGAAUGCGAUUGAGCAGGAACCACGCGAGAUGUUUGGUGAUGAUACAAUUGAUGAAAACGCGAGCUUUUCUCACCAGGCUGCGAAUCCAAAUUCAACUUCCGAAGCGUCAACACCUCUGGAAUCGGGCCAAGCGGAAGAAUCGUUACCAGCUUAUGGGCGAUCUUAUGGGGGUGAUUAUGAGCAGGCACAAGAUCAGGACACUGCCCGGUACGAAGAAGGGGUGCCAUUGUUUCAACACGAGGAAGUACAAAACAACGGUCAAGGCUCUUCGGCGUUUCUGGGGGAUGUUGAGACUGGUGAAGGAGACGACUUUUUCGCCCAAGUUAGUAGGUCCAAGGACACGGAACAACAGGAAACAUCUCCACCAGCGGUCCUUGAAAGAAAGUCAACCAUGCAAGUUAUGGAUUCUUUGCAUUUGCAGCCACAGGAUGAUAUACUCGAUACCCCUAUAGAACCCAAAGACGAGCAACAAACGUCUUUUCAUCGAGCAACUGGGGGCGGUAUUGCUGCAUCAGCUAGCACUAUCAUCUCUCAGGUAAUAGGAGAACUUGAUGUUCCAGCCCACGAAAAUUCGAAAGAGGGCGUCCCAUUAGAGUUAGAUGCUGUCGAGGCAGAUCUUGCUGAAAAAUGGAAAGCUGCACUAGCAGGUGACGAGUUCUUGGACGAUGAGGACGACGAGCUACUCCCAGACGAUGAACCCGUGGAGAGCGGUAGACCGCUCGACCCUUCAGCGCUUUUUGGCAGUGAUGACGAAGGUUUUUUGGAUGAUCCCGAUGAGCCUGCUGGAUCUGGUACUGGUACUGGAUCGGGAGAUUUCUUCGCAGUAAAAACGCCAACUGUACUUUCUGGUACUAAUGGUUACUCGCCACAGACAGCUCGACCAACGAGUAGUAGCAACAGAUAUCUCCCAGCGGGCUCGAGUAACCCGCCCGCACCAUUAUCUGCCCAUAACUAUGCACCCGCAGCGCCACUGUUGAUGGAUUUGUCAAAACCUACAGCAGCCCCAAUGAUCUCUACACCGUAUAGCGCCGGUCUGACCAACUCCUCGCAAUCACAGCAACCCAGACCUGACAUGCCAAAAGCACAGAGCUUUGCAAAUCGCUCAAAGGGCGGAUACCAGUCCCCUUACGAUCUCCCCAUGGAGGUAGUGAAACCCCGCAAAAGGGCAAGCAUGCAGAACAUGGGACGUGGAUUCAGUAACGCUUCUCUGGCUAGCGUGCCUCCUCCAAGAAGUUCGAGCAUGAAUCCACAAGCAAUGCCACCACCUCGAGGAACCUCAACUGCUCUGUCUCCGCCAACAAGUAGUAAUGGGCCAGUGCAGCAGAAUCAAUUCCAGCAACCUAAAGCCUCGUCGACUGUCCCGGCACGCCCAAGUCCUUCUGCUAGUGGUUUCUUUGAGGAUUUGCCAGUGUCCAGCCGGCCAAAGCCAGCGCCGAGGAACUCGAGUUAUGCCCCUAUUCCCUCCGCUAACUCAUAUGGACAACCUUCCGCGCCACCCCAGAACUUUACACCAACAAAUGGGCAAUCUGUACAUCCAGCCCAGUAUCAGCAACAGCCCCUGAAUCCGAUAAGUGCUCCCCCCGCAGGUCUGGUCGCGCCUGAUAGAGUCAGUCCGUAUGCUUCCCUGCCGUCGAAUCCUGUAGUUGCGCAACCAAGCACGGCAUCAAGAUACUCUCCAGCGCCACCACAGUUACAGCCAUCGAGCCAGAGUGCACCUCCUCCCGUAGCGCAGUCGAGAUACUCGCCUGCCCCACCCAUUGCACUAUCCCGUCAACAAUCGCAGCCAUACGUACAGCCGCCUAUUCUUGCUCAUCAGCCUCGUACGUCUAGCCCGUUAGCUCAGUUCGAAAGGAACCCGGACCCAAGGUCCCAUCGGACAGAAAGCACAGCCGAUCAUCGUGUCAGCUCCUCUGGCUAUGAGUCGAAUCUAAGAAGCAACACUCUUCCGCCAAUGAAAGAAGUUGACGAGAAUGAGGCAUCGCUUUCUACCCAUACUAUACCCAACAACUCGCACCCAUCUCAACCUCUUCACUCAAUGCAUCCUCCCCCGCGCACCCCACCCCCAGCGCAAGCAUUCACUGCUCGACCUUCAUUAUCCCCCUCUAAGCGCUCGAGCUAUCUUCCUCAGCAGCCGCCUCAAGCUAGGAGCGAGCCACCAUCAUUUAUGCCGCCAAGGAGAUCUCUCACUCAGUCGCCCGGGUCUGCCCUCAGUGGCCCAAGGCUCGAGAUGAACGGUUCUGCCCCAUACCAGCGUCCAGCCUCCGUUGAGAUUCCAACGUCACCUAGAAACCAGACUGGGUUUUCCACUUUCCAGCCAAUUGCUCCACCGGUGAACACAACUCAAAAUCGAACAAGAGCUGCUUCUCGCAGUCUCAACUUUGUUGUUCCGAAUGAUGGACGCGAGCACGACCCUCUGCAGCGCUGGAAGGGUGCACCAGUAUUUGCUUGGGGUGUGGGCGGGACACUCGUCACCUCUUUCCCCAAAGAUGUUCCACGUUAUGGGAUGAACCAGAACGUGCCCAUGAUCAUCAGAAGUCCCGGCGAAGUGAAGAUUGCCAACAUAAAAACAGUUGAUCCUCUUCCGGAAAGACUCACUAGUUUUCCUGGUCCCCUGAAGGGAAAGUCGAAGAAGAAAGACGUUAUUAACUGGUUGAACGCUGGCGUUGCACUCUUAGAGCAAGAUGCUUCUUACUUACGAACUCUUCACAAUCUCAGCCACGAAGAUAAGCGGCUUGAGGAGCGUAUAUUGCUUUGGAAGAUUCUGAGAGUUUUUAUUGAGAAUGACGGCAUGCUGGAGGGGAACCCGGCGGUCGACAAAGCUGUGAGGGACGUUAUGAGCCCUGGACUCGACGACAAUAACGCUAGUGAAACGGCAAUAUAUGCAACUGGUGCAGACCUCUCUGGAAUUUCUCAGUCUUCCAAUUCAGCCUCACGAUCCGACCCUGUUGACCCGACAUCUGUAGACCAAUUACGCAAACACUUACUUCGAGGAGAACGAGAAAAGGCCGUGUGGGAGGCUGUUGACAAGCGCCUGUGGGCCCACGCAAUGUUGAUAUCCAACACAGUCUCGCGCGACUUAUACAGACAAGUCGCACAAGAGUUCGUGCAGAAGGAGGUCAGGAAUAUUGGGGAUAAUACAGAAUCUCUGGCUGCUUUAUAUGAAAUUUUUGCCGGGAAUUUUGAAGAAAGCAUUGAUGAACUUGUUCCGCCUUCCGCUCGUGCAGGAUUUCAAAUGGUCAGCACAUCAAGCUCUACUGGUCCUUCCAAGGAUGCAACAGAAGGCCUUGAUAGGUGGCGGGAAACCCUCGGACUAGUGUUAAGCAACAGGAGCGCCGAUGAUGUCCAAGCUCUUAACGCCCUGGGCAAGCUGUUGUCUGGUUAUGGUCGCGCCGAAGCUGCUCAUAUUUGCUACUUGUUUGCCAGAAGCGUUUCCAGCUUUGGUGGCAUCGACGACCCUGCCUCUAGUAUUGUUCUCGUUGGCUCCGACCACUUACGUCAGCCGUUUGAGUUUGACAAAGAGAUGGAACCGAUACUUUUGAGUGAAGUGUUUGAGUAUGGAAUGUCUCUGGCGAGCACCGGCAAUAUAGCAGUCUCCUACCCUCACUUGUCAGUCUACAAACUUCAACACGCUGCGAUAUUAGCCGAGUAUGGCUACCGCGAGCAAGCGCUCAUGUACUGCGAGUCUGUGGCCAGCUCUGUCACCUCCCAAACGAAACGAUCACCGUAUCACCAUGCGCUUCUCGUUUCAGCAUUAGAGGACCUAAGUAAGCGGUUGAAGCAAUCACCAAAAUCCGAGUCCUCGUCAUGGCUUUCCAAGCCAACCGUUAGCCAAGUUUCUGGAAGUGUGUGGGAUAAGCUCAGUAAGUUCGUGGCUGGAGACGAGGAGGACACCUCGGCGGGCGGUAGUACUUCCACGCUUGGAGGUUCGGAGGUUGGACCGUUUGCCAGGAUCUCUGGUGGUACUCCCACGAUUAGUCGCUCACCUUCUAAUUCUGACCUUUACGGGGGUUACAAUGGCGGGCUCAUGGUUAACAGCGCCGCGGGUUCAGCAGCCAGCAGCAAGACAAACUCUAGAUACGCACCUGGCAGGACGUACACGCCUGAGCCCCAGAGCGGCGGUUCAUAUGUUUCCCAGCCUCGGACAUCAAUGGAGUCACGGUCAUCCGGAGAACACCAACGUUAUCAACCGCAGCGGCAAAUGUCGGAUUAUCGACCGGUAUCGCAACCAGCACCGAAUAGCUAUAACUCACAAACAAACUCAAACUACUCGCCGCAAACCCCAUAUUCCCCUUACGGAGCCAAUGAUUCACUUUACGGCUCUCAACAAAACGCCACAUCAAAUCCAUUGCCUACAGGCUCGUAUGCGUCACAAUCUUUGAACGAUACCGUAAAUAUUGAUCCGUCCAACCCCAAUACACCAUCUGAAUCAACACAGUAUGGGGCUCAGCCUUAUGGUUACGAGCCACCGACAAACUCCAACGGCUCCGCAUCCUAUGGCUAUGAACCUCCUAGUUCCACAUCGAAACAAGAUGAUACAGUAAACACAAACUCGAGCCCUCCAUCCAAUACUUAUGAGCCUUCCAAUACGGGGUAUGAGCCGCCAAGUAGUGGGUACACUCCAUACGAACCAACUAGUAUGGGCGAUGAGCCAGAUUCACCAAUCGACACCAAGCCUAGAAAGAAAUCAUUUAUGGAUGAUGAUGAUGAUGAUAUAUCUAUCCCCAAGAAGACAUCUGCCACUGGGGAGAAAUCAAAGGCAGAGAAGGACCGGGAAGCCGAAGAGGCUUUCCGGAAGGCUGCUGAGGCAGAUGCUCAGAAAGGCAAUGCAGCACCUGCCAAGAAAGGCUGGGGACUUGGUGGUUGGUUUGGUGGUGGAAAGAAAGAAGCUGCAGAUAUGUCUGCACAACCAAACAAGCCCAUCAGAGCGAAGCUUGGCGAGCAAAGCUCAUUUUAUUAUGAUCCUGAUCUAAAAAGAUGGAUCAACAAGAAGGGUGGCGACACAGCGCCAACUCCUUCAGCAACACCACCUCCUCCCAGAGCAGGGCCACCACGAACGGCGAGUGGAACCCCUCUCGGCGCAGCUGCCCCUCCGCUUCGCGGCCCCCCUGCCGUGCGCUCGGCGUCAGAGAGCGCCAAAGGUCCGAGUCCACUUGCUCAGGAUGAUGGGCCAGCUGCAUCAACUGGGGAUCUUCCGUCCCUAGCACCACCCGGACCAUUAGCAAUGGCCCGCUCUGCUAGUAAUGGUAGUGUUAAUGGGCCACCAAGUGCCCCGCCUAGUCGUCCAGGUACCGGAAUGAGCAAUGCUAGCAGUAUUGAUGAUCUUCUCGGCCCGGCAACAGGAGGCGCAAAGCGAGUAGGUGCAAAGAAAAAGAAGGGUAGAGGAUAUAUUGAUGUAAUGGGUGAGAAGCCAACUUAG